AUGCCACCGUCGCCGUUGCCUUCCACCCAGGCUCCCGAGCCGCGUCGCCCGCCGAGUGCCCGGACCGUGUCCAUCAACAUCGCCGAAGAAGGCUCGCAAGGCAGCCAUCGACGCUUUCAAGUCCAUGUGAGCGAGUGUGUCGAGACCAAGACGGUCACCACCACCACGCGCCUGACCCGCCAGUUUCCUCGCGUCUUUCUCCACGAUCCGACCCCGCUCGAGAGCCUUGAUUCGAGGGAAUAUCCCCUCGCCGCGAAACCCACGCCGCCGGAGCUACUGGCUUUUUCUUACAAUGUUCAGCAAGACCAAGAGCUCGACCAACUCAGUGAUCACGAUGAGGAGGACAAGAACGUCUCGCGUGACGAAACUGGCGGCCGGAGAGUCGCUGAGUCGCCCUCCCAGAUACCGAUUAAGCAACGCAGAAGUGGUUCUCUCACUCCUACUGCCAUUAAACAGGAACCCGAUCUGCAAGAGACUCCUCUGCAAAGUCGGGUUACCCGACACCCCUCACACUCGCCUUCGGAAGGAUAUCCUCGCAUUACCCGGCAAACGCGUGCCGGUCCUGCGGAUGCGCCGACUGUGACUUCAUCGCAGACACCCCCGGCUUUCAUAUCUACCCCUCGUUUUUUCCAGAGACCUGCUCGGUCUUCGAACCUACAUGCUGCAUCCGACAAGCUCAGGCGUACCGUAACCCAAGGCAGCUCAACCUCUGCACCAGGAGCUUCUGGCAGCUCUGCGAACAUGGCGGCUGUUGCCUUGUCCAAUCCAAGUCGCCGAGAUGGCGGGGACCGUAAUCCUUCUCGCGCAGCAUCCAGGUUUCUUGCCACGCCCGACACGUCAGGAAUGGCUGGCUCGUCUCUCAGGAAUCGAUCCCUCCACCUAGACCGGCCGCAACCACUGCCGGACACUUCCACGACACCCGCCGCGGCUUGCGACGAUGCAGGUAGCCCGACGGGCAGCGACUCUCAUACCGUCUUCAGUAGCAAUGUUGCAACGCCGCCAAUCACGGAUGCUGACCCGGAGCCGUUUGGCGACGCUGACGAUUCCCUUCCACAAUCCCUCCGCAGCAUCCUGCAACAUAGACCUAGUAUUGAUGUUGCAGCCGCACAGGAUGCCAGCCUGCCAAGUCCGAGACUGUCACCAACCCUUGCUGCCUCACAGCAGCACAGCGCCGUGCAUGACGAGGAUGCCCCGUCCGGGUUUCAGACGUCCGCCGCUGAAAGUUCGAUCAGCUCCCCGGAAAGCUCCCAGCCUUCGGCCAACAUGCAGGACGCGCAGGCGAUGCACACGUCCCAGAGGUCCCAUGGCGGACAAUUCUCGACGAGGCCGAGGCCGAGGCCUGGGACCCGCGGACGCCACCAUAUGCUGCUUGAUCCAGAGAGUUUUCUUGACGCGUUCGACUCCAUGAAGACGGAGAUGAAGACUUUUAUGAUGUAUCAGUUUCUCCGACGUUGCCCGCGCCCUACACUGCGAGUCAUUGCCAAUGCCGUGAAUCCAGCCCUCCAGUGCGACUUCCUCAAGCGGCUUCCUCUAGAGCUCGCAUACCAUGUUCUGGCGUACCUGGAUCACAAGGAUCUUUGUCGCGCCGCACGGGUUUCGAAACACUGGCGUAACAUCAUCGAUCGCAACGAGACGGGGUGGAAGGAGCUUUUCGACAGAGACGGCUUCGUCAUGGCCUCUGGUGAGCUCAGCAACGCCAUUUUCCAAGGGUGGGGAUGGCAAGACCCUGUGGGACUGAGCGAUUACGAGCGAGACCUGAGCAUGCUCGGCCGCCUCUCGUCGUCCGAAUUCGAACUGACCCGAACCUUUGGCGAUGUUGUGACGCAGUCCCCCAGGAUGUCGAAACGGAAGCGCAGCCUGAACUCGUACACCGCCUCGUCCGAACGGCUGAAGCGACGAGCAGGCACGUCACAAGAUUCCACAGUUGCCGGUGCGCGGGAUCCCGGAGAGCAGACCGAAGUCGGGCUGCACAGGUCCGAGGGGUCGCUGUCGGCCGCUAACGCCGCCGCAGCCGCCGUUCCUGACCCCCAGCUCGGGCUGCCGAGUCUUCGCCAGCUCCAUCUGUUCAAAUCCAUCUACCGCCGUCAUUACAUGAUUCGUCGGAGCUGGACGAGCCGCGAGGUCAAGCCGGGCCACGUUGCCUUUGCCGCACACCCUCGUCAUGUGAUUACCUGUCUGCAGUUUGACGAGGACAAAAUCAUCACCGGCAGCGACGACACGCUCAUACACAUCUACGACACCAAGACGGGGAAGCUGCGCAGCAGGCUCGCGGGCCACGAGGGCGGCGUCUGGGCCCUCCAGUACGAAGGCAACCUUCUCGUGUCGGGCUCGACGGAUAGGUCGGUCCGCGUCUGGGACAUUGAGCGGGGCCUCUGCCAGCAGGUGUUUUACGGCCACACCAGCACCGUGCGAUGCCUGCAGAUCCUCAUGCCGACCGAUAUGGGGUCGGAUGCUGACGGACAACGGAUUUUCCAGCCCGAGAAGCCCUUGAUCAUCACGGGCUCGCGCGACAGCCAGCUCCGGGUAUGGAGGCUUCCCGAGGUCGGCUCCCGCCGAUACAUUCAAACGGGCCCGCCGGCGCAGGAAACCGACUGCCCCUACUUCAUCCGGGUGCUCACGGGACACACGCACUCUGUGCGCGCCAUCUCGGCGUACGCCGACACCCUAGUCAGCGGCUCCUACGACAGCACCGUGCGAGUCUGGCGGAUAAGCACGGGCGAGCUGGUGCACGUUCUCCGCGGGCACUCCCAGAAGGUGUACUCGGUCGUUCUCGACCACAAACGCAACCGCUGCAUCUCGGGCUCGAUGGAUUCGUACGUCAAGAUCUGGAAUCUUGCCACGGGCGAGUGCACUCAUACCCUCGAGGGCCAUUCUCUUCUUGUCGGUCUACUGGACCUCCGCGACGACCGACUCGUGUCUGCGGCGGCGGACUCUACCCUCCGAGUGUGGGACCCCGAGACGGGCCGGUGUAAGAACACGCUCAUGGCGCAUACCGGAGCCAUUACCUGUUUCCAGCACGACGGGCAAAAGGUCAUCAGCGGCAGCGAGAAGACGGUGAAGAUGUGGGACGUCAGGACAGGCGAGUGUGUGCAGGACUUGCUGACGGAUCUGACGGGGGUGUGGCAGGUGAAGUUUGACGGAAGAAGAUGUGUGGCGGCGGUUCAGCGGGACCAGCUGACGUAUAUUGAGAUUCUGGAUUUCGGAGCUAUCCGUGACGGCCGACCCACCGAAGAACUGGGCAAGCGGAUAUUAUUGAACGAGCACGAGGUACGAGAGAUUGUGGCAGAUGGUGUACUCUGA